UCUUAAAAUAAAACGAAAUUGCGUUUUCAUGAAUAAGUUAUGCUUUUGACUUUUUUUAAUAACAUUUUGUUUAUUCACGCUUGCUUGAAGUCAUUGGUAAAUAAUUUUCAAAUAAUCGAGUAAGUUUAUUUCAUACUUGUUUUUCAUUUCUGACGUUAUACUUCAAAUGAAUCAGCAUCAAAACUAUCCUUCCCUGAAGUUUCAUGGGAAUUUGAAUACUAUGAAUUUAAACCCACUGCUUAUAUCAAAUAUCCAAUCAUCACUGUAUUUUAAGAAGCAUUUGAUACAUAUUAAGGAUUAUUAUAAAGCUGUGGAUGAAAUUUAUUAUCACGUAAAACAUUUAGAACCAUGGGAGAAAGGUAGCGAUAUUAUGAAUAAGACGUUCAAGGUGUAUCGUGGUGUUGGAGGAUGUGGAAUAGUAUCAACAGCAUUUUGCUUGCUUUACAAACUACAUAAAAUGAAGCUCACUCAUAAGCAAGUUGUGAAAUUAAUACAUCACGAAGAUUCACCAUACAUUAGAGCUUUAGGUUUUUUAUAUAUACGAUAUACGCAGCCUCCUGAUCGACUAUGGGGUUGGUUCAAGAAUUUUAUAUUUGAUGACGAAAUAUUGCAUGUCAAGUCCGGAAACAGAAUGCCAAUGUCUAUUGGUAAAAUUGUACAAAAUCUUUUAUUCGAAAAGGAUUGGUUGAAUGCUCUCUUACCACGAAUUCCAGUAUCAACCAUGAAUACUAUUCAGCAUUGCUUUUCAGACAAAGAAAAGAAACGCCAUUUAAAAUAUCGCAAACAGAAGGGAGAAGAUGUCAGCUUUAAAGAAGCACCUGAGCCUUCUACGUUCAUUACGUAUAAAAAUAAUCCAGAGUAGUGUUUCAGCUAACCAAGACUUAAGAGCUCAGUUCAAGAAUAAUCCAGAGUUUUGAAAUCAAUAUAAGAACAACAACAAACAAACAAAAACUUUGAAAGAUGACUAAGUUUUUCUCAGCUAUUUUUUUAAUAUAGUGUAAAUUAUGCUUAUUUGUAUAGCUUAUACUUUCUGUUUCACAAAAGUAUA